GUAGCCAUGCAGGCAGGAGAGGAAGGGGCUGCAACUGCCAUGCCGCAUUCUCAGUUCUUCUAAAGUUUCACUGAAGUCACGGACAAAGAGAUAUCAACUGGGGUUUUCACUAUGCACAAGAAAAUGCACAGAAUCAGAUGCAUCAUUCUGCUGUUAUACACACUGGGUAUUCAUGCCCAACCACCCCUCACUGUGACCUACUCUCCUCAGAACAUCUGUGCUCUCACAGGCUCCUCAGUGCUCCUUACCUGCAGUUACACACUUCCACAAAACUACUAUUUUGGAGCAGGAUAUUGGUACAAAACUGAUGGUCAGAAACAUGUGACGCUUGUGAAAGCAUCUGAAACUCGUGUUAAAUAUGACUACAACUCCCCUGAAUGUAGUGUGAUGAUAAACAAUCUGAUUCCUAGCGACUCUGGUGUAUAUGAGUACAGAAUUAUGGCACCAUCUUUCACAUACCUACAAGGCAAAUAUGGAGUUACUCUCUCUGUUACAGAUCUCCAUGUCUUAUUGACAGCUGGUACAGUUACUGAGGGAGGCAAUGUGACACUGACCUGUGACACCAACUGCAAACAAAAGGCCGACAUCACCUUCAUCUGGUACAAGAACACACAGCCUACCAGACACAGAGCCAUCAACAACACCCUCCACCUAAACCCAGUCAGCAGUGAGGAUGCAGGCAGCUACUCCUGUGCUUUUAGAGGACAUGAACAACAUCGAUCACCUGACACUGCUUUAGAUGUCAGAUAUGCACCACGGAACACCGCUGUGCUUGUGGAUCACCAUGGUGAAAUAGUGUUGGGUGAGUCGGUGAAUCUGACCUGCCGGAGUGAUGCCAAUCCACCGGUACACACCUACACCUGGUACAGGAAGAUGGGAACUCAAAUCUCACUGCUAGGAGGAGGCCAGAGUUACGUUGUCGCUAACAUCAGCUAUGAGACCAGUGGACUCUACUACUGUGUUGCACAGAAUAGUGUUGGUGAACAGCACUCGGCUGCUGUGUCAGUGCCAAUAGCAGGGCAAGGCUGGGCUAAGUAUGUAGCCAUUAGGAUCCUUAUUGUAGUAGCUCUCCUGCUGCUCCCCUACCUUCUCUGUCUGAGGUGUAAAUCUAGCGCUCCCCAAAAAACAGGCAGCACAACGAUUUCACAACAGGAGGCAGACUCAAGCCCAGUGUACAACAACAUAGUGACCUCUGACCCCUUAUGAAGACUGAAUGCAGAUGCAGACGCUUCUAUUGCUAUUUCCCAGUGGUGUAGUCUAGGUUUCUGCAGUGGGUAUACUGGUGAUAUUGAUUAUGCAGCCUGUAGUGUGCAGGGUGAGGGGUGGCAGAGUGCUGCCUUGUUGGACAAGAGUGCAUUUCAUCUUUGAACUGAAUGAUUAAACGGUUUCAUAUUGAGGCAUAUGCUGUACAUUGUAACCUAUACCAAUGAUAUGUAUGAACUGUAAUGCAAACUUAUGAAAAACGGUGACCAACUUCAUACGAAUUAGACCUGAAUUCAUGAUGCAUCCUGUGUGUAGAUUGAAUUCAAGAUGCAUGCCAUUAUAUCUGCCUUUUGUUUGUUUUUAUGUUAUUUUCUUUCCGUUGUAUCCAACACUCUGUUACAUGACUUGGACUUGACUCUGAACUCGGUGGGAGAGGCACCCUUUUUGUGGGCAAUGUCUGUAACAUGUGGAUUUUAAGAAGCCAAUGAUUUGUUAGGGGAUGAGUUUUCCUCCUUUAAAAGGGACAUUCUCCCGUAGUCUGGGGCUUCGACUUUUACUUGGUCUUUACUUCAAUUUCAUUUCUCUGCUUUACAAUCACCCCUUCUAUCCCCCUCCAACAUGUUCCUGACUCUUCUCAUACCUUUCUUUACUCUUUCAUUUCGCCUCACGUCAUCCUCGUCGGGCCACCUACUAAACGCUAUCCACAGAGCAGUCCCAGCGCACCUGCUCAAGAGCAGCCAUCCCAAACCACUGGGUCCGGGAGAAGAUAGCGAGGCCAAGGAGCCUCACAAGAUCGGGCAGCGUGACUAAUUAUUUUCUAUCCCUUCUUUUCCUUUACCUCUUUCUCCAAUGCUGUGUUUUUAGU